AUGGAACUUAUGGGAAGAAUGGCUUCAGGCAAUGGCUCUUCAGUGACUGAGUUUGUCCUGCUGGGUUUAACCCAACAGCCAGAGCUCCAGCUGCCUCUUUUCUUACUUUUCUUGGGAAUCUAUGUGGUCUCCAUGCUGGGGAACCUGGGCUUGAUGGCUCUAAUUGGUCUGAACCCUCACCUACACACUCCUAUGUACUACUUUCUCUUCAACCUUUCCUUCACUGACUUCUGCUACUCCUCUGUCAUAACCCCUCAAAUGCUGGUGAGUUUUGUAAAACAGAACAUCAUUACUUAUGGUGAAUGUAUGGCUCAGCUCUUUUUCUUUGCUUUCUUUGUUAUUAAUGAGUGCUUUAUUUUGACAUCAAUGGCCUAUGACAGAUAUGUGGCCAUUUGCAAGCCCCUGCUUUACAGAGUCACCAUGUCCCAUCAGGUCUGCCUCAUGCUGAUCGUGGGUGGGUACAUGAUAGGGUUUACCGGUGCCAUGGCCCACACUGCCUGCAUGCUGAGACUCAACUUCUGUGAUAGCAAUGUCAUUAACCAUUACAUGUGUGACAUACCUCCUCUCCUGAAGCUCUCCUGCACAAGUACUACCCUCAAUGAGCUGGUGGUUUUCAUUGUGGUGGGUGUCAGUAUAAUAGUGCCUAAUCUCACAAUCUUUAUUUCUUAUAGCUUGAUCCUUUUCAACAUAUUUCUAAUCCGUUCUACAAAGGGCAGGUCCAAAGCACUUAGUACUUGCAGUUCUCACAUAAUUGCUGUUUCUCUUUUUUUUGGAUCAGCAGCAUUCAUGUAUUUUAAAUCUUCUCCUACUGGGUCUGAGGAUGAAGAUAAAGUAUCUACAGUUUUUUAUACCAUUGUAGGGCCAAUGAUGAAUCCUUUCAUCUACAGUUUCAGGAACAAAGAUGUUCAAAUGGCACUGAAUAAGACUUUGAAGAAAAAGAUGCUCCCUUAA